AUGGAUAUCGAACUUGCCACCACGCCUGAGCGCUGGCAAUGGCUUGGUGCCGUUGUCGGCAACAAGCCCAAGUCAAGGCUCAAGGCUAAAGAUGCCCAGGACCUCCGCCGACGCUCCUCCACCCACCCUCCUCACGCCUCUGCAACGGCGAACCUCUCCUGGCGCCGCAAGCGCAAGUCGUGGCUCUCCGGCGCAGCAUGCGUCUUCAUGAUCACCGUCCCUCCCUCGCUAGUGAUUUUGACCUGGAUCGCCCUCGAGCACUUCAAUGGCUCGCUCUUCGGCGCUGCCUUCGCCCUGCAAGAGCUUGGUCUGGCCACGUUUGUCAAGCAGUUUGCCCCGGCGGCCGACCUGCGCACGAGCUUGGCUUAUUUUGCUUGGAUACUUUUCCAAGCUUUUCUCUACACAGUUUUGCCCGGAAGAAGCACGGGCCAGCUGACUGCCGCCGGCAACCUGCUCGAAUACCACACCAACGGAUUGCUGGCCUGGCAGAUUACAGUGGCCCUCUUCGCUGUGGCUGUAUUCUCCGGUGUUCUUGAUCCUGCCUUCAUCGCCAAAAACUGGGAAGGUUUGGUUGUCAUCUACAACAUUUAUGGCUACGCGUUGUCUUGUGUAGCCUACUUGAAAGCACACUACGCCCCAUCUUACGCCGAGGACCGCAAUUUCAGUGGAUCUGCUCUGUACGAUUUCCUCAUGGGCAUUGAGUUCAAUCCGCGAUUUGGCAAGACCUGGGACUGGAAGCUCUUUCACAACGGUCGUCCUGGCAUCAUCGCCUGGACCCUCAUCGACCUGUCCUAUACCGCGCUGCAAUACCAAAAGCACGGCUACAUCACCAACUCGAUUAUCAUUGUAGACAUUUUCCACGUCAUGUACGUGGUCGAUUUCUUUGUCAACGAGAGCUGGUAUCUCCGCACCAUCGAUAUCUGCCACGACCACUUCGGUUUCUACCUCGCAUGGGGCUCUGCUGUUUGGCUGCCAACUAUGUAUACUCUGCAGUCGCAGUACCUCGCCCGGUAUCCGGUUCAACUCUCUCCUUUGGCAGCAGCCUUGAUUUUCACGAUUGGAGUCUCGGGCUAUGCGCUUUUCCGCUCAGUCAAUUUCCAGAAAGACAUCGUGCGCCGCACCAAUGGCGAAUGCACCAUUUGGGGGAAGAAGGCAAAGGUUAUGCGUUGCCGAUUUAAGACGGCUGAUGGGCGGGAUCACCAGACUCUUCUGCUGCUUUCGGGAUGGUGGGGCAUUUCGCGCCAUUGCAACUAUGUUGGCGAUCUCAUGCUUUCCUACUCGAUGUGUGCCGUCUGCGGGACGCGAAACCUCAUUCCGUGGACCUACGCCAUUUUCAUGACGUGCAUUCUCGUUCAUCGCUGCUUCAGAGACGAGGCGCGCUGCCGCACCAAGUAUGGCGAGCAGUGGACCAAGUACUGCAACAUUGUACGUUGGAGGCUCAUUCCGGGAAUCUGGUGA